GUUCUAGAGAACCCAUGUCGCCGGCCGGAAUGUCGGAACUUGUGGCAAAAAAGUGCAUGAACCUACCCGAUGGAUAAAAUGCUCCUUGCAGCUGCCACCGGCUGAAAAUCCGUAUGACUAAUACUUCAUCUUAGCCAAAGGCCCAGAAAGGUAUAAUAGAUGCACCUGAGUGCUUUGUUUGGUCACUUAGCUGGUGGCAUAAUGAAAUGGAACCAUCGGAGGUUUGGCUAUCUUUGCAAUUGCAGUCAUGUAAUCUCUGGAUGUCCUCAUUUUUUAUGUUUACUUAUCAUAACCAGAAGCAUCACAAACCCACCUCAAUUCGAAAAUCCACAACCCAUAUUGGUGGAUUCGUUUAAUGGUUCGGCGAAAAAAAUGUUGCCUAUUGAGAUCUUUCACGCCGAAGUGAUCAAGAAUGGUUAUAUUCAACAUUUGUAUGCAUAUAACCAUAUUUUGAAUUUUUACAUCAAAGAUCAAGAAUUGACCAAUGCACAGAAGCUGUUUGAUGAAAUUCUCCAAAGAGAUGUCCGUUCCUGGACAAUGCUUAUUUCGGGUUUUGUUAGAAAUGGAUUUUACAGGAAAUCGCUGAAUUUAUUGACCCAGAUGGAAAAAGAAGGUGUUAGUCCGAACGAAUUCACUUUUUCCAGCGUCUUGAAGUGCUGUUCGAAUUUAAAGGAGCUUCGUAUCGGUAAGGUAAUUCAUGGUAGGAUAAUAUGUUAUGGGACUGCUUUAGAUAUUGCAUUGUUGAACUCUAUUCUUGAUUUUUACAUGAAAUGCGGGGCUUUUGAUUUUGGGGAAAGAUUAUUUGAGUUGAUGUUUGAUAAAGAUACGGUUUCAUGGAAUAUAAUGAUGGGAGCGUACUUAGGGAUGGGAGAUAUAGAGAAGUCUAUUGAUUUGUUUAGAAUUUUGCCCAACAAGAAUGUUUCAAGUUGGAACACCCUAGUUGAUGGGCUUUUGCGAAAUGGUUAUGGAAGAAUUGCACUGCAGCUUCUCUAUCAGAUGGUAAAUAUUGGACCUGCUUUCAACCAUGUUACUUUCUCGAUAGCAUUAGUACUGGUGUCUUCUUUGAAGCUUUUGGAAUUAGGGAGACAAAUCCAUGGAAGGGCGCUGAGGGUUGGAAUCCAUGAAGAUGGUUUUGUAAGGACUUCACUUAUUGAUGUGUAUUGCAAAUGCGGGCAGAUGGAGAAGGCUUCAGCAAUUUUCCAAAAUUUGCCUCUGCAUAUGACGACACCACAUAAUUUCAAGAUUAUGUGUGAUGAUUCUGAGGCAGAAUCUAUUUCGUUGAGUUCAUUGAUUGCUGGGUAUGUUCGAAAGGGUAUGGCAGAAGAUGCUUUGAAAAUUUUUAGGAGUCUGGUUAGGGAACAAGUUGAGCUGGGCACGUACACCCUUACAAGCAUUGUUAUCGCAUCUGCUAAUGCUGGACUUUUGGAACUUGGUCAACAGAUCCAUGCCUGUAUUCUGAAGUUUGGACACAUACCAGAUGUUUUCUUGAGCUCAUCGAUGAUUGACAUGUAUGCCAAAUGUGGAAAGCUAGAUGAUGCUUGGUCAUUUUUCAGUAAAACUAACAGUCGGAAUAUUGUUUUAUGGACAUCUAUAAUAACCAGCUGUGCUUUACAUGGGCAAGCUAGAGAAGCUAUUCAGCUGUUUGAGUUAAUGCUGAGUGAGGGUAUUACACCGAACAAGGUGAGUUUUGUAGGGGUUCUAACUGCAUGUAGUCAUGCAGGUUUAUUAGAAGAAGGUUGUGUAUAUUUUAGGUUGAUGAAAGAAGUUUAUGGCAUCGAGCCUGAAAUUGAACACUACACUUGUGUGGUAGAUCUUUUUGCCCGUGCUGGUUGCUUGGAUGAGAUAAAGGAUUUUAUUCAAAAAAGUAGCCUCUCUCAUCCGAGUGCAGUUUGGAAAGCAUUGUUGUCUUCUUGCCAAAUUCACAAGAAUAUGGAUAUAGCAAGAUGGGCUUCUGAAAAAUUACUUGAAUUGGAUCCGUCUGAAGCCGGACCUUAUGUAUUGUUAUCAAACACUUGUGCAGCCAAUCAUAGAUGGAGCGAAGCAGCUAAACUUAGGGGUUUGAUGCAAGAAAGGGGAAUUAAAAAGGGCCCUGGUCAAUCUUGGAUCCAGUUGAAGAAUGAAACCCACACUUGUCAUGUAAGAUAGGUUCACAGUUCACUGCUGAAAAGGCUGAAAUUUAUUCUUGAUUGGCAAGCUGAUUGGUUUACAAUAAUUUACUAAACAACCAACGAUCUGG